GAAGAAACAACCAGUCCAUGUGAAGUCUGAGAAUCAUUGAAAAUCAGUCCAUGUCAGGUUCUUCAUGUGCGAGGCGCAAACAGAUCUUCCCCAACGCAGGCUCGGGCUGUCCUCCGGUGCUCCGCGCGCUACCCACGGCGCCACCGGCAUGCGCCGGUUCUGUGUUCGGUCCGACCCUUCUGGGUUGCUCCAAGUGCAUCCGCGGCCUCUGGAGUUCGCGAAGCGGCGACUGCUGGUGGUCUGGCCCCUUCGGUCGAAGAAAGGCAUUCUCGCACUGGCAUGGCCGAGCAAAUGGCUGAGAGCCUACGAACUGGCGCUCACGAUGCGAUCCAUGACAUGGAAGCGACUGCGUGGGACUUGGCAGUGGACCUGCGACGUGCGCAAGAUGCACAGGUCUUUGAUUUGCUCUCAGCUGAUGGCUUUCUGUUCUGUGCACCCGAGAAUUUGGCCACCGUGAGUGGAGAAAUGAAGGAGUUCUUCGACCGCUGCUACUACGGCGCCCAAGGGCGCCUGAAUGGCCGCCCUUAUGCCUUGGCCAUCAGCGCUGGCAGCGAUGGCUUUGGUGCGGCCGCACAGCUGGAGCGCAUCUGCCGUGGCUGGCGCUUGAGGCCCGUGGCCGAGCCUGUGGUGAUGCGGAGCGGCGCGCAAAGUGCCAGGGAUGUGGCACAGGCCAAAGUCUUGGAUGAGCGUGGCCAGCUGCGAUGCCGAGAGCUGGGCGCCUUGAUCGCAGCCCAUUUGCUCUUGGAAACAUGAGGAUCGUCGCCGGCGACGAGGAGAGCGUGGAGGCGAAGCUGAAUCCAGUGGAGCCAAGCGAAAAAGAGGUCGUGGUGAACCAGACACUCCAAGGAUGGCCCGGACACUCUGUGGAUGGCAUAGUUUGCAUGGAGAAGUGCGAUGGCAUGAAGAAAUGCAGGGUCGUUGGGCGACAGAAGCAACUACCACGCUAUCAGUACAGCCCAGCCGUCUGCAAGGCUCUGAGAAGCGGAGAAGUGGCAUGCGACAUGUGCCGUCUGGGGAGGGCAAGUGGUGGUGGUCUCUUCCCGGCAUGAUGCUGGAAUCUUCCCGGCGUGCAUCCGUCUGAAAAAAGGGACCUGCUUGCCGAAACUGCCUCAUGAUGAUACAAUAGAGAUUGUGUUUGACUGCUUCUAAGAACUCUGAAGUGUACUAUACCUCUCGGAGAAUGCUGGGGAACCAUCUUCAG